GAGAGAGAGAGAGAGAGAGAGAGAGAGAGAGGGAGAGAUACUCAGAUAUGGAGAAGAUACUGCAUAAAAAUCUGUAUGUAAAUGGAAUAAACAUGCACAUAGCAGAGAUAGGUGAAGGCCCAGCUGUCUUGUUCCUCCAUGGCUUCCCUGAACUUUGGUACUCAUGGCGCCACCAGAUGCUCUCUCUAUCUUCCAAAGGCUAUCGGACCAUCGCCCCGGACCUCCGUGGCUACGGCGACACCGACGUCCCGCCUUACGCCACCAGCUACACCGCCUUCCACAUAGUGGGGGAUCUGGUGGCCUUGCUUGACGCCCUGGGGCUGGACCAAGCGUUCCUGGUCGGUCAUGAUUGGGGCGCAGUCAUGGCCUGGUACUUCUGCUUGUUCCGGCCUGAUCGGAUUAAGGCCUUGGUUAACACAAGCGUUGUGUUCCACCCUAGGAGUCCUUCUAGGAAGCCAGUACCUUCGCUGAGAGCUCGCUUUGGUGAUGAUUACUAUAUCUGCAGAUUUCAGGAACCUGGAGAGGCAGAAGAAGAGUUUGCCCGUGUUGAUACUGCAAGGCUAAUAAAGAAAUUUCUGAUAUGUCGCCAGGCAGGCCCACUUUGUGUACCUAAAGAAGUAGGAUUUGGGGGUUCACCUGAUACUAUAAUUACACUGCCCUCUUGGUUGUCAGAAGAAGAUGUCAACGUUUAUGCCACCAAAUUUGAACAGACUGGCUUCACCGGUGGAUUGAACUACUAUCGAGCUAUGGACCUAAACUGGGAGCUCACAGCACCAUGGACUGGGGUUCAAAUAAAGGUGCCAGUUAAGUUUAUUGUGGGUGACCUGGACCUGACCUACAAUACUGCUGGUGUCAAGGAAUAUAUACACAGUGGCACCUUCAAAAAAUUUGUGCCAUUUUUGCAGGAAGUAGUUGUAAUGGAAGGAGUAGCUCACUUUAUCCAACAAGAAAAACCUGAGGAAGUCAGCCAACACAUCUUUGACUUCAUCCAGAAGUUCUGAUUUACAUGGAGUAUUCAACAUCCCCCAUGUUUCUGUAAGUUUAAGUGAAUGUUCCUUAAAAUGUUUACAAUAAGAUUUGCUCCUCUAAAAAGCAAUAGGAGGAUGUCAUGAGGCUUAUGUUUUGUCAUCCAACCUCUAGUUGUGUCUACUUUUCUCUGACAUUGAACACAAUAUAACUGCAAAGCAUAGCUGAAAUUAUGAGUAAAAUUGUUCUCUUCCCCUAUGGUUGUUAGGGGGGUCAUAUUAGGACUGUUGGACUUUGGCAUAAGAAUGAGUUGGUUUAGGAUUGGACCAGUAUAGAGUGAUGGCCACUCCUAAUGAGGCCGCACUCAUUAUUUUGCUGGGAAAAAGGAUACUGUAUAAGAG